AUGAUGUCAAUCAGAAUAGCUCCUACUCUUCCGCUGAUCUUUCUUCUCAUGAUUCACAGUGAUGGUUAUUGGGAUGUGAGUUACAGUCAUCCACACAUCUGUGCACUAAAGAACUCAUCAGUGAUAAUGAGCUGCACUUAUGCAUACCCUACUGGAUAUCAGAUCAUGAAAACGUUCUGGACCAAUGGGUCUGUAAAGGGUGUAGAGCCUCCAGAUCUGUCUAAGGAUCCUGAAUACAGUCAGAGGCUUCAGUAUCUGGGAGAUGAACAGAAGAACUGCACCAUCAGACUGAGUCAUGUGACACAGAAAGAUGAACACAUGUACUAUUUCAGAUUCAUAACUGAUAAACCUGAUAAGAAAUGGAUUGGUGUUCCAGGAGUAAGUCUUACUGUAACAGAUCUUCAGGUGGAGGCUCCUGAGAGAGUGACAGAGGGUCAUAAUGUCAGUCUGACAUGUAAAAGCAGCUGCACUCUGACUGACAGAGCAACAUUCAUCUGGUACAGAAACUCACAGCCAUUAACUGAGAGAAGAGACGGAAACAAUCAACUCCUGCUGCAGUCAGUCAGAAGAGAGGAUGCAGGCAGAUACAGCUGUGCUCUACAUGGACACAGUUACAUCUCUCCUGCUGCUCAGCUCAGUGUCACGUGUGUUGCUAUAAUGAUGUCAAAGCUCCUACUUCCUACUCUUCCGCUGAUCUUUCUUCUCAUGAUUCACAAUGCUUUCAGUGGUUAUUGGGAUGUGAGUUACAGUCAUCCACACAUCUGUGCACUAAAGAACUCAUCAGUGAUAAUGAGCUGCACUUAUGCAUACCCUACUGGAUAUCAGAUCAUGAAAACGUUCUGGACCAAUGGGUCUGUAAAGGGUGUAGAGCCUCCAGAUCUGUCUAAGGAUCCUGAAUACAGUCAGAGGCUUCAGUAUCUGGGAGAUGAACAGAAGAACUGCACCAUCAGACUGAGUCAUGUGACACAGAAAGAUGAACACAUGUACUAUUUCAGAUUCAUAACUGAUAAACCUGAUAAGAAAUGGAUUGGUGUUCCAGGAGUAAGUCUUACUGUAACAGAUCUUCAGGUGGAGUCUCCUGAGAGAGUGACAGAGGGAGAUUCAGUGCGUCUGACAUGUAAAAGCAGCUGCGCUCUGACUGACAGAGCAACAUUCAUCUGGUACAGAAACUCACAGCCAUUAACUGAGAGAAGAGACGGAAACAAUCAACUCCUGCUGCAGUCAGUCAGAAGAGAGGAUGCAGGCAGAUACAGCUGUGCUCUACACGGACACACUUACAUCUCUCCUGCUGUUUAUCUCAAUGUCAUGUAUCCUCCAAAGGAAACUUUUGUUGUGGUGAGUCCAUCUGGUGAAAUAGUGGAGGGAGAUUCAGUGACUCUGAGCUGCAGCAGUGAUUCAAACCCACCUGCAGAAAUCAGCUGGUUUAAAGGAAGAAUGUUUGUAGGAUCUGGAAGAAUCUACAGCAUCUCAAAAAUCAGCUCUGAUCACAGUGGAGAAUACAAGUGCAAGUCCAGAAAUAAAAAUGGAGAGAGAUACUCUGAUGCUGUGACUUUAAACAUCAUGUAUCCUCCAAAGAGCGUCUCAUUGUCCAUAAAUGGAUCUGCUGAAAUAGUGGAGGGAGAUUCAGUGACUCUGAGCUGCAGCAGUGAUUCAAACCCUCCUGCUCUGAACUUCAGCUGGUUUAAGGAGAAUCAAAGCUCAGCUGUUGGAUCUGGACAGAGUUUCAGUGCACUACAGAGUGGACGCUUCUACUGUGAGGCUCACAAUCAAUAUGGAUCUCAGAGAUCAGACGCUGUUACUGUCACUGUACAUGGAAGGAAGUUUCGGUAUGCAGUUGCUGGAGUCACUGGAGGAUUGGGAGGUUUAAUCUUCAUAUUCAUCAUUGUGUUGCUCAUGAGGAAAAAACAGAGACCUAAUCACAUCGCACAAAAGCAGGAUGAUCUUUAUGUCAACGUAUCAGCUCACAAUAGGUCUCUGUCUGAAUCUGAUGCCGCGAAUCAAAACAAUGCCCUGUAUUCCUUAAUUACUCUCAGCAAUUUCAGUCACAAUCAGACUGAAGGAAAAGCAUCUGAUUCUGAAGAUACAGAAGAGAUCCAGUAUGUAACUGUCCUGCAUCAUAUAAACAAAGAGAUGAACCAACCGGAAGAGGAGGAAAGCCAGUACGACAACAUUAGAAAAUACCAGACUGAUGCUGCAAGGAGAUGUACUGAUCAGAUGGUGGAGGAUCAAUCAGUGAUUUACAGUGCAGUCAAAUGA